AUUUUCUACAUAUAAUAUUGAAAAAAAGUCAAUAUGACUAUUUUACUUUUUUAGCAAUAUAACUUCACCGCCAACCUUUCUUCUCUUCCAUUUUUCCACUCUGCUCUUCCUUCUUCCGCUUCCUUUUCUCGCCCCAACAUUCCAAUUCCCAUCUCCUCCUUCACUUCCAUUCACCCUUUUACUUCCUCUUCGUAUAUAAAUAUUGUGAAGAACAUUAUUUUAGGAUUUCUGUCCAGCACAUUCCUGACACAACUUUAUUUGGAAUAUCAUUUCCGAAAAACUAUUCACUAUUCCCCCGAGUUUUUAGUGAGAAAGAGUGCGAUUCUUCUUCUCCUUCUUCUUCCUCUUUCUUCAUUGUAAAUGGACAAAAAUUACUUUAUGAACGCCGGAAUUUCUCCAUGGACAGAAGUGACCUGCGGGGCCGAUCAGUCGUUCAUCGAGCCCAACGAUGACCAAUUCUCGUACUUGGACUCGUCCUUGGCCCUCCGCGAACUGAUCCGGAAGCUCGGCGGCGACGCGGUGACCCCCGCUGCUUUUCCGGCGGCAGAUUGCUCCAACUUCGCCAGCACCACCACCGAAGGCAGCUCCCUAGCCUCUCCCAAGCUGAAUCUGCCGAUCGUGGACCAAAUGAGCAUCUCCAAUUUCGGGAGCAUGGCAACCCUAGCCCCGCCUCUUCCGUCGCUCGCGGCCGAUCCGGGGUUCGCUGAGAGGGCGGCCAAGUUCUCCUGCUUCGGCAGCCGGAGCUUCAAUGGCAGGUCCCAGCCGCAAUUAGGGCUGAGCAGCAAUGGCGAAAUGGGGAUUAGAUCCAGCAGCAAUCCAUUUUCCGCGACUAACGGUAAAUUAUCCCGUGUUUCGAGCAGUCCGGCCCUCAAGCAAGGCGGAUCGGCGAUGGCGAGUAGGAAUUCAGGCCAGAUGGAGAUUCCCAGGCCCGGGAAAAUGGGGCCUGAGAAGAAAUUAGGUAAACUGUUGGGGUCGAAUGCUAAUUCUUCGAAUGAGGAGUCCUCUGUUUCGGAACAAAUCCCGAGUGGUGAAACGGGGUCCAAGAUCUCGAACGAGAUGAACUCUAGGAAGAGAAAAUCUGGUUCCAGAGGGAAAUCUAAAGAUGGGUCAAACUCAGCGAAGGUAAGUGAAGGCGGUGAAGAUGCAGAUGCGAAACGUUCAAAGCCAACUGAAGGUGGGAAAAUUGAGACCAAAACAGAAGAGGAAAAUUUCAAAGGAGCCUCAAAUGAGGAAAGCGAGAAAAGAAAGGUCGAUGAGAAGCCGUCUGAGCCACCAAAGGAUUAUAUUCAUGUCAGAGCAAGAAGGGGCCAGGCCACUGAUAGCCAUAGUCUAGCUGAAAGAGUUCGCCGUGAAAAAAUCAGCGAGAGAAUGAAACUUCUCCAAGAUCUUGUACCUGGUUGCAAUAAGGUGACUGGGAAAGCACUCAUGCUUGAUGAGAUCAUUAAUUACGUACAGUCCUUGCAACGCCAGGUUGAGUUUCUGUCCAUGAAAUUGGCCUCGGUCAAUCCAGGCCUUGAUUUCAACAUGGAAAAUCUUCUCUCCAAGGAUAUGUUUCAGCAAAAUGCAAUCUCUCUGCCCCAACAAAUGUACCCUUUGGAUUCCUCUUCACCAGCAGCAUUCUAUCAGCAAAAUAUACACCAAAUACAUCAUAAUCAGAACAAUUGUUCAAGCAUAUUGACCGGUCCAUUAGGCCAAUGCACAGUGGAUUCUCUACCUAUGGAUGCCCGCAAUUUAGGAAUUCAUUUGCCUUCUGCUAACGGGUUUAACGAUACUAUUACUCAGUUUCCUUUAUUCAAUGAAGAUGAAUUGCAGAGCAUUGUUCAGAGGGGGAGUGUCCAAGAUCCGGUUAACUUUUCUGGCUCAACUCAAAUUGCCAACAUGAAAAUUGAGCGGUGAAAAUUCAAGAAGUCCUGGACUGGAAGAGGGAAAACACUUGGUUGUAUAUAAGUGAGGCUUCACUUCACCAGCUGGAUGAAUUUGAUAAAAUCAACCUUAGAACUAGUCCACGGAUUUUUAUCUUUUUCUUUUUUUUUUUUNCCCAUUU